ACUGCAGAUACAAAAUGAGAAUCUUAUCCUCUGGUCAGGAAGAAGAAGAGAAAGAUGAGUUCCGUAGGCCAAAGCAUUCUCAUGGCUUUAACAGUAACGGUUAACAAAUAUGUUUCUUCCAAUCUUCAAUCUGUACGCAGAAACGAUACCAAACGCGAUUCUUUAGCCGCUCGGACCGCUGAUUUAGGACGCAGAAACGUCCUCUUCUCCUCUUCCUCAUUCAUCGCUGCUGCUUUGACCACCAGCGAUCAACUUCUCCAGAAGUAUUUGAAGAAGACUGAGGAAAACAAAGCCAAGAAUGAUAAGGAGAGAUUGGACGGUUAUUACAAGAGGAAUUAUAAAGACUAUUUUGAGUUUGUUGAAGGAUCUAUAAAGGGAAAGACAGAAGCAGAGCUCAGUGAGUCUGAGAAACGGAUUCUUGAAUGGCUCAAAGCUAACAAAUGAUUACGAUGAUGAUGAUAAGUUUUUGUUUGUCUAUGAAACUUUUCCGUAAAAAAGACAGCUCAGUAAUUUUAAAAUCUUGCUUAAAGUUUUGGUUGAAUCUGUUUCUUCCCUUUCUCAACAUUCUAGGAGUACUAGUCCUAGAAUGAUUCUAGUAGAAUCCAAGCUCAGUCUUGUCACUUGUGUAUGCAAUGACACAGUCAAGAGAGUGGAGUGGAGAAGUGACUUGCAGCUAGUAGUCUCUCGUCUCCAUGGGAGAUAAUUUUCUCGAAAGAGCCUAAACCGUCUGUGUUUGCAGUCAAAGGAUGUUGCUUGAACCUGUUUAGCUACUCGUGGAUAAGCUUGUCCACGGCGUUUUCCGGUUGGUUAUAAACUGUUAUCUGUUUGACACAUUUUGUAGUAUCCUUUAUGGUUUCCACCGGGACCAGAUUACAAUGCCUUUCACUAGCGGUA